UAUUACGUAACGUACACGGAAACGGCUUGUGUUUUGGUUUUCUGUCAUGUGAUGAUCGCGCAUAAACAAAUCAGGAACUUUUUAUAAAACUGGGUUAAAUUGAAGGGUGCAGCAGGCGAGCUACAUAGUCAAUCUAAUGAAUAUGGCAGAUAAUCUGAGGAGUUAUUUGUAUAAACAACUGCCGAGUGUUGAAGGACUCCAUGCAAUAGUGGUGACGGAUAGAGAUGGAGUCCCUGUGAUCAAAGUUGCCAAUGACAAUGCUCCUGAAUAUGCCCUGCGGCCGACGUUCCUGUCCACCUUUGCAUUGGCGACUGACCAGGGCAGCAAGCUGGGCUUGUCCAAAAAUAAGAGCAUCAUUUGUUACUAUAACACAUACCAGAUUGUACAGUUUAAUCGAUUACCCUUAGUCAUAAGUUUUAUCGCAAGUAGUAACGCUAACACAGGUUUGAUCUUCAGUCUUGAGAAGGAACUAGUGCCUCUGAUUGAAGAACUUCGGCAGGUGGUGGAAGUAGCUUAGCAGUUAUUCAUCUCUGUACCUUUAGACAUUUGGACGAGGAUAAGAGUCGGAUGUCUUGAUGCCUCUAUGUUCUAGUCCCUACACACACAUAUGUACAUACAUAAUGUUGGAUGGUCUUGAUGCUGUAUAUCGUUUAUGUUUGUACCCUGCUCCUCUUUGUCUCCUAAUUAAUAAACUUGUCUAAAGCUUUGGUUUACAA